AUGGGAGCGCGCGGCGGGCGGUGGGGGCGAGGCCCGGCGCGCGGCGCAGGGCGGCGCGGCGGCGGCUCCAAUGAGCGUGCGCCGCGUCCGGGAGCUGGUGCGCGAGACGCCGCGGAGAGGUCGGUGGCUAAUGUAACAGUUUGCAAAGCGAGGGGAGUCGUGAAGGGCGCGGGCUGGGGCGCGCUGCCGGCCUCGUGGUUUGCCCGCGCCGCGUUUGUUCCGGAGCUGGGCCCGCUGGAGCGGAGGCCGAGGGGCAGAAUGGCAGCCAUGGGCAGGACGCAGAGGAGGCGAGCUGGUUGGGCCUUGAUGGCUCUGCUCUUGGCGGACCUGUUGGCACUGAGUGACAUGCUGGCAGUGAUGUCAGUGGACCUGGGCAGCGAGUCCAUGAAGGUGGCCAUCGUCAAACCUGGAGUUCCCAUGGAAAUUGUCCUGAACAAAGAAUCCCGGAGGAAAACCCCAGUGACUGUGACCCUGAAGGAAAAUGAAAGAUUCUUUGGAGACAGUGCAGCAAGCAUGGCCAUCAAGAACCCAAAGGCUACGCUGCGUUACUUCCAGCAGCUGCUGGGGAAGCAGGAGGAUAACCCCCACGUGGCCCUUUACAGAGAGCGGUUCCCAGAGCAUGAGCUGGGCUUCGACCCGCAGAGGCGGACUGUGCGCUUCCAGAUCAGCCCGCAGCUGCAGUUCUCACCGGAGGAGGUACUGGGCAUGGUUCUCAAUUACUCCCGUUCCCUGGCCGAAGACUUUGCAGAGCAGCCCGUCAAGGACGCAGUGGUCACCGUGCCAGCCUUCUUCAGUCAGGCCGAGCGCCGAGCUGUGCUGCACGCUGCCCGCAUGGCUGGCCUCAAAGUGCUGCAGCUCAUCAAUGACAACACUGCCACCGCCCUCAGCUACGGCGUCUUCCGUCGGAAAGACAUCAACACCACUGCCCAGAACAUCAUGUUUUAUGACAUGGGCUCAGGCAGCACUGUGUGCACCAUCGUGACCUACCAGACAGUGAAGACUAAGGAGGCGGGGAUGCAGCCACAGCUACAGAUCCAGGGAGUCGGGUUUGACCGCACUCUGGGAGGCUUGGAGAUGGAGCUCCGGCUGCGUGAGCACCUGGCUGGGCUCUUCAAUGAGCAGCGCAAGGGCCAGAGCGUAAAGGACGUGAGGGAGAACCCCCGUGCCAUGGCCAAGCUGCUGCGAGAGGCUAAUCGAGUCAAAACUGUCCUGAGUGCCAACGCUGACCACAUGGCACAGAUUGAGGGCCUCAUGGAUGACGUGGACUUCAAGGCAAAGGUGACUAGAGCGGAGUUCGAAGAGCUGUGUGCAGACUUAUUUGAGCGGGUGCCUGGGCCUGUGCAGCAGGCCCUCCAGAGCGCCAAAAUGAACUUGGAUGAGAUUGAGCAGGUGAUCCUGGUGGGUGGGGCCACUCGGGUCCCCAAAGUUCAGGAGGUGCUGCUGAAGGCUGUGGGCAAGGAGGAGCUAGGGAAGAACAUCAAUGCGGACGAAGCAGCCGCCAUGGGCGCUGUGUACCAGGCAGCCGCGCUCAGCAAAGCCUUCAAGGUGAAGCCGUUCAUAGUCCGAGAUGCGGUGAUCUACCCUAUCCUGGUUGAGUUCACCAGGGAGGUGGACGAGGAGGCUGGCGUUCGCAGCCUGAAGCACAAUAAGCGUGUUCUUUUCUCCCGGAUGGGGCCCUACCCUCAACGAAAAGUUAUCACCUUUAACCGCUACAGCCAUGAUUUCAACUUCCACAUCAACUAUGGUGACCUGGGCUUCCUGGGGCCUGAGGAUCUUCGGGUGUUUGGCUCCCAGAAUCUGACCACAGUGAAGCUCAAAGGUGUGGGCGAGAGCUUCAGGAAGUACCCCAGCCAUGAGUCCAAGGGCAUCAAGGCUCACUUCAAUCUGGAUGAAAGCGGCGUGCUCAGCCUGGACAGGGUGGAGUCUGUGUUUGAGACACUGGUGGAAGACAGCCCAGAAGAAGAAUCGACUCUGACCAAACUUGGCAACACCAUCUCCAGCCUGUUUGGAGGAGGCACCACAGCAGAUUCCAAGGAGAAUGGUACCAGCACCAUUCAGGAGGAAGAGGAAAGCCUUGCUGAGGGGAGCAAGGAUGAGCCUGGAGAGCAAGCGGAGCACCGGGAGGAAGGAGAGCCCCCAGUGGAGGACACCUCUCUGCCCCCACCCCCUGAGCCUAAGGGCAGUGUGGCCUCUGAGGGAGAAAAGGCUACAGACAAAGAAAAUGGGGACAAGUCUGAGGCCCAGAAGCCAAGUGACAAGGGGGAAGCAAGGCCUGAGGGUGCCCCUCCAGCCCCAGGGGAGGAAAUGAAGCAGAAGCCUUCCCGGAAGCAGAGGGUGGUCGAGGAGGUCGGGGUGGAGCUGGUCGUACUGGACCUGCCUGACUUGUCCGAGGACGAGCUGGCCCGCUCGGCACAGAAACUUCAAGACCUGACAGCCCGAGAUCUAGAGAAGCAGGAGCGGGAGCAAGCUGCCAACAGCUUGGAAGCGUUCAUCUUUGAGACCCAGGACAAGCUAUACCAGUCCGAGUACCAGGAAGUGUCCACUGAGCAGCAGCGUGAGGAGAUCUCCGGGAGACUCAGUGCCGCUUCCACUUGGCUGGAGGAUGAAGGCUUUGGGGCCACCACAGUGAUGUUGAAGGAGAAGCUGGCUGAGCUGAGGAAACUGUGCCACGGGUUGUUUUUUCGGGUGGAAGAGCGUAAGAAGUGGCCUGAACGGCUGUCUGCCCUUGAUAAUCUCCUCAACCAUUCCAGCAUGUUCCUCAAAGGGGCCCGGCUUAUCCCAGAGAUGGACCAGAUCUUCACUGAGGUGGAGAUGACAACCUUAGAGAGAGUCAUCAAUGAGACCUGGGCCUGGAAGAAUGCAACGCUGGCCGAGCAGGCCAAGCUGCCCGCCACAGAGAAGCCAGUGUUGCUCUCCAAAGACAUCGAAGCCAAGAUGAUGGCUCUGGACCGUGAGGUGCAGUAUCUGCUCAACAAAGCCAAGUUUGCCAAGCCCCGGCCCAAGCCCAAGGAUAAGAAUGAAACCCGGGCAGAACCUCCACUCAAUGCCAGUGCCAGUGACCAGGGGGAGAGGGUCAUCCACCCACCAGGCCAGACUGAAGAUGCAAAGCCCAUUUCAGAACCUGAGAAAGAGACUCGAGGAUCUGAGCCGGCAGACACGGGGCCUCUGGAGUUGGAAGGCUCUGGAGCAGAAUCUGAACAGAAGCAGCAGCCUACAGGACAGAGGCCAGCUCUGAAGAAUGAUGAACUAUAACCCCCACCUUCCAGUUCCACAUUCCUUCCCAUCCCCUUCUCCUACCACUAUUUAUUAAACAUCACGGGUUGGGGGAGGGUUUAGUCCUGUCCUCAGAGGCUUAAGUUCCUUUCUUGCACCUGUGACUGAAGGUGUGGAUACGAGGAAGGAAGAGACAUUUAUCUCACCGUUUCUUCCAGAGUAGUUCUGUGGUUACAGUUGAAAUUGUUCUGUUCCCCAGUCUUAUCCCCUGGUUCUGUAUCUACCCGGGCCCCAAAUUGGGAAAAGUCACUAUUCUAUCUUAAAUCUUCGUGGGUAGGUAAGAGAAUGGUCGUCAGUGUUGGCAGACCUGGUAGUGGAAGGAAGGAUGUCCUUGGUUAUUAGAGUCCCCCGUCUUCUGUCGUCACCCCUGCUCUCCUUUCCCUUCCACACGCAAUCCAGGUCGCACAGCAGCCAGUGUCUGCAGAGCCUUGCUUUCCAAGUUUGCUCUCUGAGUGCCUAUUCAUGCUCUUUUCUCCUCUCCGCCCUUCUCUUUCCCUAAACCUCCAUGCUCACUGGCUCCUCUUCCUCGGGUUUCCUUGGUUCGCAGUUGUAAGUUGGGCAGCCUCCUGCCCAAAGCCCUUCCGUCUAGACUUGCUGAAAUAAAUCUAAGUCGAUUCUCCCGCACGCACAACACCUAGUGGGCAGUGUAGGCGGAGAAAGGGAACGGAAUCCAGCCACCUCUCCAGGGCUGAGCCCUGUGAAAGCCCUGUAGCUCCCACCUGUGGACUCGGCCAGGAAUGCCAGCAUCCUGCAAGCACUGUCAGUCUGCCUCUUCGCACUAGCCUGGUACUCCAUAUCCCUUGACUAUGUGCCCCCCUUUCUCCUCUGCCCUCCCAGACAGCCUUUCCCUCAACCCCCUGACCCCUUGGGCUGACCAAAGUGUGCUUUCUACUGUGAGUCCCUAUCCCAGGACCUAGGGAAGGAGAGAGCGUGGCGUGAAUAUAAAGACGCCACCCCUCUGAGGCAGGCCUGCGGGCGAAGGGAGAGGCCUCUACCCACCAGGCUGAUGUUCGGAGCCUGGCCUCCAGUGUUCGGUCUGUAGCAGGAGCCAGGGCUGCCACCUCAGCUCCUAGAUCGAGGGGAGCCUGGUUGUGUGUCCCCCCCACCCCCUUUUUUUUGCCACAUUGGCAGAAAUGAAACCUAAGAGUCCCACCCUGUCCUGUGUGUUUGAGUUCUUACAAUAGCAGUUGAGGCUGGUUGGGCGGAUUUGAGUCAAAUUGUACUUUUGCUCCAUUGUUAAUUGAGAAACUUUCAAUAAAAUAUUAUUUUCUACAA